GAAUCUGAUCAAAAUUAUUCUAUUCUUUUAUAACCCUACGUCUGAGCUUCGGCCUAAGCUACUCUCGCCGCCGCCCGCCUAAGGUAUGGCCUAAGCUAUUCUCGCAGCUCAGCCUAAAGUAUAAUUUUGCCGCUCACCAUGCCUUCUCUUGUCUUCUUCUUCUUCACUGGAAGUAUCACAUCCCAGCUUUUUGAAUCGAUCAAGUUCUUUCGAUCGACCAUAGCUUUGUUCGUCAAUUCCCUUACCGACGAAGGUAUGUGCCGUAAUUUGAACUCCCUAGCACUCAAUCCCUGGAUUUACGAAACCUUUGAUGCAAUCCUGAUUUAUUUCUUCUUGAGCUUUCUUAAUUUGAACUCCCUAGCACUCAAUCGUUUCUCGAUAUGUGAUGUUGCAUCCCGACAAGCUAGGGCUUCCGAACGUGGUUCAGGGGAAAGUAUGGCCUUGAUCGAAAUUGGCUGAUAUGAACAAGCCACAAUGAUUCACUCUGCCCCCAAACCCUAUUCCAUUGGUAAUACUUUCUGAACUCAAAUUCACAGCACACUGCCAAACAAGACAAUUUUGUUCUUCCUUUUUCGCUCUUAUCUCAACAAUUACAAGGUAAGUUCAAUUGUCGUGUUGUCUUCUCACCCGAUGAAUUCCAUGUUCCAUUUUAAUGUCAUAUUUUUCUUGAUUCAUAAUCUGUCAUUUUUGUGAACACUGAUUUUGACUGAUUAGCCUUGCCAACAUAUGAAAAAUAUUGCAUAUGCAUCUCAUGUACCAAUAAAUUAAUCAUUUUAAAAUUGAAUUGGCAAUUUUCAAUUGCAAGUGUGAGUAUUUAACUUGGCACUUUAAUGAUUUUGAUGUUGAUCUCUUAGUUAUAUUGGCCUUAUUAAGUUUAACUAACUAAUGCUUUAUAACAGGAGCAAUCUUUCUAUUAUCCUCUAAAUAGGGGUAGGAUAGUUGAAUUGGAAUACAAUUCUGAUGACUCCACUUUAAUUGAAAUUUUCUAUGAAGUUAAUUCAUAAUCAUCCAAAUUUAGGUGAGGAUAGUAAAACUAUUCUAAGAUUCACUUAUUCCUAUACUUUUCAAUAUUCACAAGCCCAACAUAGAUGAGAAUAUUAAGGUUAUGCGAUAUUCCAUGACUGCUAUUGAGACUUAACUUUAUUUUGAAUUCAUUUCCGAAAUAAAUGAAUUCAAGUGCAUAACCUCUUGAAUGCUAUUGUUUUUCUUAAAUUGAAUGAAUAUAGAAAAUUUUAAUAUCUCUGCUUUCAAAGUGCAUAACCUCAUGAACGAAUAUGACACAUAUAUAGUUACUAUAGUCAUAACAAAAGUAUGAUCAUAGUAAAUGCAGUGUAAAACUGAACAUUACUAUGGUCACUGGGUAUUAAAAGACAGUUUUUGCCCAUGAUUUUUAUUGUGGUCAUACAUUUGGCAUUGUUUCUGCAUUAAUUUGAUAUCAUGUUAUUUUGUUUGCAGACUGAUAUGGAUAGCACUAAUGUAUAUCCUUAGAGGAUAUACAUUGUUUGAACCAAAAUUUUCACUGGGUUUUAACCAAUUGAGCAUGAUCUGGUUCUUAAUUUUUACUUACUUUGCAAGUGUGAGUAUUUAACUUGGUACUUAAAUGAUUUUGAUGUUGAUCUCUUAGUUAUAAAAGAGGCUAUGGUUACACCUCGAUCAUAACAACGGUUCUGUAUUUCUUAUUGAGUUGGCAGUUAGUAGCCAAAUUAAUAAACGUUGUUCUAUUGUGAAAGGUUUCACAAAUGUUUUCACAGAUUAUGGAAGCUGAUUUUCUGAUGUUUUAUGAACCACAUGAAUAGGUGGUGAGUCUAAUUAUUCGCUCUAUCUAAAAUCUGAUCGAUGACUUCAAUUCUUAUUUUACUAUAACAAUGCAGGGAUGCAUGUAAUCAAGAAAGUUCUCACAUUGGUUUUCAUGAUAUUGGUUUUAAUAUUUAAUUAGCUGAUUCUCACAAUGUUCUCAUAUCUGUUUUAAUUAGCUGAAAAGUACUCAAAUAAUGAGUACUUAAGUAGAAAAAAACUAAUAAGAUAAAGAACAGGGGAGUGGGGAUGAAGGAAGCACACUACAUCAAUCUUAAAUUACGAGUCAGUUUCUUUAGAAAGUUGAUGAAAGAAUAAAAGAGGCUAUGGUUAAACCUCAAUCAUAACCACGGUUCUGUCUUUCUUAUUGAGUUUGCACUUAGUAGCCAAAUUAAUAAACAUUGUUCUAUUGUGAAAGGUUUCACAAAUGUUUUCACAGAUGACAAUCACAAUUCAUUUGUAAAGCCGAAUUCAGAUUUCAGAUGACAAAUUUUUUGUCUAUGCAUUUGUUUUUUUUUUCAUUUUGAUUUUUGUCAAUCUUAUUCUUUACCUUUUUGUUAUCCUUUCCUCUAUCAUACAUUAGACCAUUCGAUUUCUGGAGGGAAGGCAUCCUGAUGAGUGUUGGAUUCCUAUUGUGAAUGCAAAAUCAUUCGAUAGUGUAAGUUCAGGGGUUUUAUUCCUCACUUAUUUCAAAUUUGCUAAUAUUUUUUACAUACCGUUUACUUCAACCUCCCUUUCAAUUAUGGAAUACGUUCCUCUCUUAUUUUCAUCUAAAGUGUACUAUUUCCAUUUAAAGUGUGCUACUACUUUUUCCAUAUAACUUAAGAAGAAAAUAUAAUAUAAGAAUAACACUUAAUUAAUGCAUUACUCUCCAGGAAAUAUCAUCUUAACAUUUAAAUAAUGAAAUAUUGCAUAGGUGCUGCUUUCCAAAAAUGAAGAUAAGAGUCAUUGUUCAUAAAAGAGUUCAUAUUGGCUUCUAUUAAUGAGUAAUGGCAUACUGUUUAUGAGUAUACUUAUGUUUCAAUAGUUGCUGAUGUAAAGCUUUUAUUGUUGCGUAGCUUGUGCAAGGAUCUCAGGAAGAGUCCAAAAAAGAUAGGUAUUUCAGAUUCUACAUUAAUAGAAUGACUAGGUGGUAUUUUGAAUUUUAUAGCAGAUUGCCAGGUGAAGUUACACAUUAUUUAUUUUGAUAUUUUCACAUUUGUUUAAUGCUUUAAUGUGAGAUGUAUUUUAAUGUUCUUUUAAUGUAUUUUAGAAUGUUUUCUGAAUGAAUGACCAAUUGAGGUGCAUUUUUUUAUGUUUUUUUAAGAGAGACAUAAAGCCUUCUACUAUUCUCAAAUCGUCACAUAAGGUCUUCUACUCAUAAAAGUGUCACCAACAUAUAUUUACUUUUAAAAAACGACCAUAUGAGGCAUAAUGACCGGUUAAAAACCCUCUGAUCCCGGUUUCCGCUUACCUGGCACUCAUUUUAGCAAAUCUUUAAUUUUUAUUCCACGUCAGCCCCUUAUCGUCAAUUUUAAAAGGCCACCCACCCACGCUUUUGAGAAGACGCCAGUCCCUUAUCGUCAAUCUUUGACCAGAAGCUUUCUUCUCAACAAACGUUGGUCUCCCAGAAAAAGCUAGGGUUCAUUGCUAAGCUCUGCUCAAGUUCUCCAGGAUCGAAAUGUCUUCAAGUUCGUUCACCUCGAAUUCAAGGAUGGGUUCAAACCUCUACUAUGAACCUGCUGUGUAUUGUAAUUGUGGAUUAAAAGCACCUUUGUGUGUGGGAAGGGAAAGUGGCCGGAAGUUCUAUGGGUGUCAACGAUGGAAAACACAAGGAGGAGGAUGCAAGUUCUUUGCUUGGAAAGAAGAGAGUAAUGCUAAAUGGGAAAGUUCAGAGUUGAGCUGGGAGGAGGGCAGAAAGCUACUUUAUCAGUUAAGAGAUGAAAAUAUGAGUGUUCGUCGUGAAGUGACUGAGUUACGAGCUGCACUGUAAUCCGAAAUUCAAGAAAGGAGGAAUUGUAUAAUGUUGAUUACAAUUAUAAUUGUAUUUGUUGUGGUAGCAAUGGCAAUGAUGAUCUGUGUAUUAAAGUAGAAUUUGUAAAGAAUUUUUAUGUAGUUCUUGCAAUGGCUAUGAAGUAACAUUGUAUAACAAUGUAAUUUGUAAUUUCAAUUUCUAAAAGUCAAGGGUUAUAUAUUUAACUUUUUUGUUAUGA